AUGACGGCACUCUAUCCGUGGGUUCCAACAUCCAAUGCGAUGUACGCGUUUGGGAGGCGGCUCGUGAACCGUUUUUUCCCGCAGGUACGCAACGUAUAUCCGCUGACGUUCCUCGACGGGCCGUUACCGGAGGAAGUUCCACAGUCUUUUCUGCUGCACGGCAGAAACGACCAACCAGAUCCGUUCAAGUACAUGGAAGAUCUCUUCGAUCGUCGCACUCAGAGCUAUGUGCGGCAAGAGCAACGGCACUUUACUUUGGUUGACAGCAAGUUUGAUUUCAAGCACAACAAAGCGCGUUUGUGGGCGGAACUUGAUGCGAAGGUCGUAAUAACCAGUCGUGAGGGUGGGUUUGACAAAGGAGAGGAGCGAAUAGGUGAUUACAUCUAUUUCACACGUGUUGUCCCUGGCGGUGACCCCAAUGCAAUUGGGUUUUACCGUAAGCGUUUCGGUGAAGUGGAUUUGCUCGCAGAGGAACUGAUCAACCCGUCCGCUCUGCAACAACACUUUGGAUACGCCCAUUGUAAUGUGGGAGUCUGCCGUGUUUCUCAGGACGGAAAGUACCUAGCGUAUACUCUUUCCGUGGGGGGAGGCGACCGCUACAUUUGUCAUGUGCGAAGCAUCGACAACGCCAGCCUUUUCCAUGUGAUCCGCGGUCGCAACAUAGUAAGUAUCGAGUUUGGAUCGGACAACCAAUUUUACUUCACAGAAUCCAAUGAGCUUAAUCGUCCAAAUGCGGUGAUAAUGCAGGAGAUACGUCCCGGUGUUCUUCCACCGCCCGUGGAGCUAUACCGAGAUGAUGAUGAGCAAUUUUUUGUUGAUGUUCGAAAAACGAAGGACAACGCCUACAUAGUGAUCACAUCCGACUCCAAAGUGAAGUGCAGUGCCCUUGUGUUGCCUGCUUCGUUUCCAAAGAUUCCACGUGAAAUGCAAGCUUUCUUCCCCGAUGCACGGCCGGUGGAGAUUGCCGGCAAGGGAAGCUGGAACUGGCUGGAGCACUACAUGGGUCAUUUCCUCAUGGUCGUGGGUGACAGGGGUCCAAAUCACCGUGUGGUAUACGCACGGGAGGAGGUGGUUCUCAAGUAUGGCAUGGACGCUGAAUGGAAGGAGCUUGUGCCACACCGAGACGAUGUGCAGAUAGUUGAUAUUGACCUUUUUCACGAUCACAUUGUACUAUAUGAAUCCCAUUUUGCCUUUGAGCGCAUUAACCACAUCCGCAUCAUCAAGUGCGGGAAAGGCAUUGAUGAUACUGCGCGGCGGUCGCGAGCAGACGACCUGGUGAUUCACUUCCCUCCACUCGCUUGUGUGACGCCUGGAUUGAACAAAAACUUUGACCAGGACUCUAUUAGUUUUGUGUACAGUAGUCUUUGCCAACCCAGCAAAGAUUGCGUCUUCAACUUUAAUAGCGAAAUGACUUCCGGUAAGUGCCGGAUGUGCAGCCCGGAAGCCAUUUUUACACAACGACAGUCAGAGCAAUUUACGCCGUGGGAUUACAUGUGGCCCUAUACUAUAUAUCGGGAUGUCUGCGUUUCCAAGGAUGGCACGCAGGUCCCCAUAACUAUCUGUCACCGGCGUGAUGCAUUCGUGCAAGAAGCGACGGAUUUCGAGGCGCAGCCCAACACACCCAAGCACUGUUUUAUCUAUGUCUACGGUUCUUACGGUGAAGUACCGUCCAUGCACUUUCAGUUGGCACCGUAUAUGUGGAUGCUACGCCGGCGUUGGACUGUUGCCUUUGCCCACGUGCGUGGUGGUGGCGAACUCCCCAACUGGGCCGAGCAGGGCAGGGGUGAGAAAAAGAUAAACGCGGUCCACGACUUCAUCGCUUGUUGUGAGCAUAUGGUCAAUAUGGGGUACACGAAACCGGAGCUCAUGGUAGCGGCGGGCAAUAGUGCAGGAUGCGUACCGAUAGCGGCAGCCAUGAACAUGCGAGGGUGCGGUCUCUUCGGGAACGUAUUAAUGCGGUCACCUUUUUUGGAUGUCAUAAGCACGAUGGUGGACCCAGACCUUCCGCUCUCGUUGGCCGAGCAGGACGACUGGGGUGACCCGCUCAACUCCCCUAAGGAUUACACUCGGCUGCUUCACUACGAUCCGUACCAUAACAUCAAUGAUCGCGUGACCUACCCUGGUAUGAUGGUUUCGGUUUGUCUCGACGAUGACCGCGUGCCUCCCUGGAAUAGUUUAAAGUAUGUGGCGAAGCUGCGGCAACAGCGACGGCGCAAAGGUGUGGAUCCUGUGGAGAAACCACUUAUUCUGCGUGUGCGCAGCAGCGGUGGUCACUACAUAUGGAACGACACUGAGAAUCUCUGCGAGGAGUUAUCAUUCUUGUGUUCACAGCUUGACCUUGAGGGUCCUGGAAAGGUGCUCAACGACAUGGACAUUAUGACGCACAUGCACAACCUCACUGUCACUGGCGCAAUGGAUCACGAUGACCAGGAGAAAGUUUUCCUCAAGUGGGAUAAUUGGGAGCGGGAGCGCAUCGACUACCACGUUAAGCUGCAUAAUUUUGAUUGGGAACCCAACUUUCGCAAACUAAAGGCAGAAAAACAGCCCUUCUUCUGGGUUCCUACGGACAGCGAGCUCCAUCAAAGCAAAGUGGAUGAGAUGUUUCGUGCGAAAGAACGAGACAUACGAGAACGCGGGAAGAGUGAAGCGAAAACUGGGAGUACCGGUCGAGCCAUGGGGGAAAACAAAUGGGCCUCGGAAAACGGGAGAAAAUAG